GAGCUCACAGCAUCUGAUCCGUUACAAAACCAUCGCCCCGCUGGUGGCCUCGGGAGCAGUUCAGCUCAUCUGAGGAGUGUGGGGCUUUUCCAGGUGUUCAGUGCACGGGCCAUUGCUCCCCAAGCCAUGCCUGUGGACCUGGCCAUGAGGCUGUGCCUGAGCCACUCACCACCCAUCUGCAAGCUGCUGAACUCCUAUGAGGAGCUGCGGGGCAGCCGGGGACGAAAGCCCCUCCGCUCCUGUCUCAACCAGAAGCUGAGUACAGAACCAGAGCCUGAGCGUCGAGAUAACGCCAAGAGCUCGAAAGGUCAGAAGAAGAAGAGAGUGGUGUUUGCUGAUAUGAAGGGUCUCUCACUGACUGCUGUCCGCUUCUUCUCAAAGAUUGAAGAAGACCUGUGUGACCUGCAGCAUGCUCUGUCUGACCUUGCCCGAUUCCGGCCCAGGCUGCGGGACCCACGCCCGCAGGUCUGCAGGUAUGUGCUGGACUUCUCACAGCCCUCUGUGGACUAUGUGGCUUUCCGCAGCCGCCUUCAUAGCAAUCUGGUCUGCCUGGAGAACUGUCUGAUCCAGGACCGUGCCCUGUCAGGGACAGUGAAGGUCAGAAACAUCGAGUAUGAGAAGAAAGUGACAGUCCGCAUCACCUUUGAUGGCUGGAGGAGCUUCCGCGAUGUCUCCUGCCAGUAUAUGCACAGCACAUAUGGUUCAGCCGACACAGACACCUUCUCCUUCGAGCUUACCCUGCCCAAGCCAUCCAACUACCGCAGAGCCAUAGAAUUCUGCAUCUCCUUUCAAUGCGGGCAAGAAACCCACUGGGACAACAACCAUGGGAGGAACUACACAAUCUGCCAUGUGGGCACGAUCUGUUCACCCUCCCAUGCUGCAAAGAGUGCCAGUGGGGCCCAGGGGCAUCUUGGCACCUCUCGGGCUGCAGCCCUUGUCCUUUCUCAUCUGCAGUCCUGGCGGCGCUCAGAGACCCAGGGUCCUUAUUGGUAGGAAAGCAGUGUAUGGGGGGGGGGUGUGCAAAUUCCCUCCAUGUUCCUGCCUUGGUACAAGGGUCUUUGAGGAGGGGUUCAGCUGCAGAAGAUAGCUGCUUGCUAUUUUGUUAGCUCCUCCAUGUCUCUGACCUGCUGCUGUUCAAGCAGCUACAGGUUUUCAUGGAAGCUUCUUCAAUGCUGGCUCCUGCCUUAGAGGCUGGAAGCUGCUGCUUGUUGUUAUUCCUGUUACUAGGUUCUCAAGGCAAAGUACUACUGUGAUAGCAGGAGAGGGAUGGGAGGAAGGGGUUAUGGCUCAUGGACCACAUCUGUGUUUAGAGGCUGCUUAGAGUGAGAAGCAGCAACAUGGAUCUGUGAGUCAAAGGUGCUGUCCAAGUGCCUUGUGUAGGGAAGAUGUUUAGGAGAAAGGGCAUGCCCUCUCCUGCUGUGCCUAGGGUCUUAAACCAGAGCAUGGCACUCCCAAGCUGCACCUAAGGCACCAGCAGGGGCCUUAGUCAGGAGCUGUGCCUGCUUUGUGGCACAGGCAGCCAGCUGGGGCUCCAGUGUCAUUCCAGCUUCCCUGGGAAAGGGCUCAGUGUAGGUGCGGUCACUUCUCCAAGCCCUAGUCCCUGGGAAGGGGGGACCAGUGGGUUUUCAGUCUAGCAGGUGACAGGUAUAGGCCAGCAGGUUCCUGGGCGGGCACUGCAGCGGGGCUCGGCUCAGCGCGGCUCGGCUGGCUUCACAGUGACGCUGCCAGCUCUGCUGCAGCACGGGGCCGGUGCUGCGGGCAGCCUCGGCGCGGCGGGCUCGGGUGCGGGUGCCUGUAACGGACCGUGAAUAAAGUCGAGUUAUUUCGUG